UCCACGGGCCACAAGAACUACCACCUCAUGCUCAACCUGCAGGUCGGCAUCAGGCACGCGGUGGGGAAGUUGGCGGCGAAGCCGAUGCGAGCACUCCAGCGGGCUGAUUUCGAUCCCGCCGAGAAGUUCUCGACGCGGUUCCCGCCGGCAGGGUCCAAGCUCACGCCUCCGCACCAGUCCUCCGAGUUCCGCUGGAAAGACUACUGCCCCAUGGUCUUCAGGCAUAUGAUGGAGUUGUUCGCUGUCAGUCCAGCAGAUUACAUGCUUGCAAUCUGCGGGGAUGAUGCCUUGCGGGGGCUGUCCUCGCCCGGAAAGAGCGGGAGCUUCUUCUACCUCACGCAAGACGAGCGAUUCAUGAUUAAGACUGUCAAGAAAUCAGAAGUGAAGCUGUUAAUCCGGAUGCUGCCGAGCUACUACAAACACGUUAGGCGGUACAAGAGCUCUUUGAUCACAAGGUUCUACGGUGUUCACUCCGUGAAGCCAAAUGGUGGGCAGAAGGUGAGGUUUAUUGUCAUGGGUAAUUUAUUCUGCGCAGAGCACCGGAUCCAUCGCCGUUAUGAUCUGAAAGGCUCCUCCUAUGGUCGAAAAUCUGACAAGUAUGGAGAGGACACUGACGGGGAAACCACGCUCAAGGACUUGGAUCUCAACUUUGUGUUUCGGAUGAAGCAGUCUCGGCAUAAACAGUUUCACGAGCAACUUAGACGAGAUUGCGCGUUUUUGGAAUCAGAAGGCAUUAUGGACUACAGUUUAUUGGUUGGUGUUCACUUUCGUGAUGAUAUCCCUGGAUCAAAGGUGGGGUUAUCUACUUUAACUACUUCUGAUCUUUCAGCCAACAUGGCGUCGACAUGUCAAGGCAGUGUCAGCAUGCCCAAGCCGUGCCUCUCAGCUAAAGAUUUGGAAAAAAUGCCUUAUAACCGGAAACCAUUGGCUAGACUUGGCACACGCUUACCAGCUCGAGCAGAGCGUCGUAUGUCCAGCAGCAAGACCAACUCGUUUAUCUCCAGUAGCGGGGGAAGCGAAAACCGGGUGGAAGCCUAUGACGUCCUUCUCUACUUUGGGGUAAUCGACAUCCUUCGAGACUACGACAUCAGCAAGAAGCUCGAGCACGCGUACAAGUCGCUGCAGGCAGACCCUGGUUCGAUCUCCGCGGUGGACCCAAGACUCUACUCGCAGAGGUUCCGGGAUUUCAUGAGCAGAGUCUUCGUCAAAGAGGGCUAGUGGGACACCAAACAAAUUGAACGGGAAAUGUGAAAUGUGAUUUCUCUAUGUACAGUAAAGAAGUUGAACAGGGUGAGUAGAGGGAGAUAAGGAGUAGUUGAGUUUUGAAACGUAGCCAUGAGAAAGAGAAAAAGGUGUGGUGUCUGUACAUGGUGUUGAUUUGGUCAGUGAGAAGCACAUCUCUAGUUUUGUUUUCUUAGGUUUUGUAUAUAAAGUAUGUGUUGGAAGAAGUGAAAGGCAGAGGGAGACAUGGUUGUUGUUUUUAUAUUUUGAGAGAAAGAGAAGAUGAGUAUAAGGUUGAUGGCUAGUACUGUGAUGAUAUGAUAAUAGGAAGAGAGAUCUUGUACAGACAACACUCUGGUGCAGGAGA